AUGUCGGAGCUCUACGAGAACAAAGUAUGCCUCUCGCCCAUGGUUCGCUCGGGCACUCUGCCGCUGCGUCUGCUGUCGCUGCGCUACGGCGCCGACCUCGUCUACGGCGAGGAGAUCGUCGACAAGCGCAUCAUCUCUGCGGUGCGCGUCCCUAACGACGUCGUGAACGCCGUGGACUUCGUCAGUCGCAACGGCGACUCGGUGGUGUUCCGUACGUGCCCGGAGGAGGCGGGCAAGGUCGUCUUCCAGAUCGGAACGGCCGAUGCAGUGCUGGCGCUCAAGGCGGCGGAGGCGGUUGCCCGUGAUGUUGCCGCUGUGGAUAUUAACAUGGGUUGCCCCAAGCACUUUUCGGUCCAGGGUGGCAUGGGCGCGGCGCUACUGCGGAAGCCUGAAGUGGCUUGCGAUAUCAUCAAAACCCUGCGCCGCAACCUGAACAUCCCGGUAUCGUGCAAAAUUCGCCUACUCCCAGAGAUUCAAGACACGAUCGAUACUGCCAAGCGACUCGAAGAUGCUGGAGCAUGUGCAGUUGGCGUUCACUUGCGCCAGAUCCACGAGCGACCCCACAACAAAGCAAGCUGGGACAGGCUGGCGCCCGUUGUGUCUGCUCUCUCUGUUCCUGUGCUCGCAAAUGGCGAUGUGUUUGAGCAUGAAGACAUCGAUAAGCUUCGCAAAAUUUCUGGCGCGUCUUCCUUCCUCAUCGCUCGCGGUGCCCUCGCUAACCCGUCAAUCUUCCGGAAGGAAGGCCGUUUGCCCAUCGACCAAGUGGUGAAAGACUACCUGAAGGCUGCAGCUGAGACGGACAAUGUGUACCAGAACACCAAGUACAACGUCAUGCGCAUGAUCCCGAGCUCGCUCGAAGACGCGUUCGCAAGCGGCAACAAGUACGGGUACGCCAAGGGCGCGCAUGUCGUUACUGUACCCGAGCUCGCGGCCAUGAGGAACGGACUGCAGAUGUAUUCGCUCUGGGACCUCCAGAAGUACUACAAUCAGUGCCAGGACCAGUUCCGAGCGAAGGCUGCGGCACUGGAGAAGUCUGCACAGUCUCAAGAGCUGGACUCGGAAACUCUGGCGACCCUCCCGGGCGCUCAGGAUCGGUAUGCUGAGUCGCUUCAGUCAGCGGAAGCCGAGAAACCGAAGGCUCGGAACAACCGCGCUGGCAAGCCCGAGCUGUUCUGCGAGACUUGCAAGAUCCAGUUGCUCAGUGACCAAGACGUGAAGCUCCACUACAAGGGCCGAAAGCACAAGAACGUGCUGCGCCGCCAGACGGCCACGACUAUCUCCAAGUUCGUUGCAAAAGCGCAGAUUGAGCAACCUGUCGCCGCCGCUCAGACGACAAGCGCUCCCGUUAGCAACAGUGAUGAGAGCAGCAAGACAUCGCCGAAAGAACGCGAGCACGAAGGCGAGGACACGCGAGACUCGAAACGCGUGAAGCUUGGCAGCGAGACUUCAGCUGAUCUUACCAAGGACAAAGUUGCGGAAAACAACACUGAAGCAUCCGCUUCGCCCACGGAGCCCUGA